GUGAAAAGGAAUAUCUUAGGUUAAACAAUAGCUCUCUGCUCCCCUUUCAGGGAAAAGUAAGGAUCAGUGCCAUAAAAAUUAGUCUUGAGUCAGGUGCCACAACAGAACAAAGCUGCACUUUGGCCCUCCAGAUGUUGUUAAUUCACAUCAUCCUCAGCCACAUUGUCCAGGUCUGGGAUGAUGGCAGUUAUAGUCCCACGUCAUUACUGGAAGGGCAAGAGUCAAAGUCUCUUGAUAAUGUUUGAUAGAUAAAACCACUCCUGGAUUUGCUUUCACCUGUUUUUACUUCCUUGUGUUGUUGGAGAUACCUGGGAGGCUGAGAACAAGUACAUCACAGAUUGUAUUGCAUCUUCACUAUGGCAACAAAUCAAGUGAGAACGCAGGCUGGCACAAUGGUGUACAUUCCUGCAGGCAACAUAAUCCAGCCAGGCCAACCAAUUCCUGCUAGUGUUAUCUCACAACCAGGAACAGUACAUUAUGUAAGCCAGCAACCUGGAAGCGCCAGCAACCAGCCUCAGAAUAACCAGGCGGGGCCAUUGCAGAAACUCCUCAAAGUGGAGACCAAGUCUCUUGGGGUCGUCCAGAUUGUCAUUGGAAUUGUACACUUUUGUUUUGGGGCUGUCUCAGCUUCUAUUUCUGGUUCAUCUUACACCCCUGUGGCAGCUAUUUCAGGCUAUCCAUUCUGGGGAGCACUAUUUUUCAUUGCUUCUGGAUCCCUAUCUGUAUCAGUGGAAAAACAUUUGAGGGUCGAACUGGUAAAAUGCAGUGUGGGGAUGAACAUCACAAGUGCUGUAAUGUCAGUUACUGGCAUCAUGCUAUAUAUAUCAGAGCUGGCUUUAAAUUCACUUUAUUAUGAUUAUGAUUAUUAUCACCACUACGAUUUGUUAUGGUCUACAGGUAUGGGUCUCGGUGUCCUGCUCUUCUUGUUCAGCCUGCUGGAGUUCGCCAUCACUGUCUCAGCAGCACAUUUCGGGUGCCAGGCAACCUGUUGUCACUAUGAGCCGGCCACAGUUUUUGUGCCCUACACUGUCAGUGGAGAUGCUGCUGUAGACAAUCCUCCUCCUCCUCCAAGCUAUGAUAAUCACACUUUUUCUCCCAAGUACGAGCCUUAGAAAAGAACCUGUGUGAAGGACCAAAUGCCACCAACCAUUCUUGGCAAGCCAACAAUCUUUGAUGUAAACCGUUGUUGAUUUCCUUCCAUUUUUGCAAUUUUUUUCAUGCUUCAAGGAUAUUAACUAGGUAGGAAAUUUUUUAGGAGAUUUAUCAGUUAAAGUGAUGGAGCAGUGCCUUAAAAUGGGGUCAUGCUUGAUGCGCCAGAUGUGAUGGCUUUUCCUUUCUCAGAUCUCUUUGGAUCUGAGAAGGAAGAUCUAGAGUCCCAAACAACUUAAAAUUGAUCCCUUUUCGAUUCCACAGAGCCCCUCCAACUACCCCUUACCCUUUUUCAAAAAGAAAAGGGGCAGCUGCAAAGAGGGCUUCAUAGGUACUAGACUUCAGUUAAGUCCUGGGUCUUGCUGUGAGCAUGCACAGCAGCAGCCACCACAAUCAGAGCAAUGGAAAUACAGCUCCUGUGGAUCCCAGAAUCCUGUCAGACAAUUCUGCAAGGGCAUCCAACAUGUGGUCUGCAGGCCAAAUGCAGCCUGCCUGACCCUAGGGUGCACCCCACCUGAGCUUUUUUAGCUUUUAAAAAGGUGCUAAUUAGCUAGCAUACAUGGACUUGCAAUUUGAAUUUGUAAUUGUAAUUUGAGAUUAUUGUGAUCAAGUAAUUAUUGUUGUAUUUUUAAAAUAAACUCAAAAUUGUAAUUGCCCUUAAAUCGUGUGAUUUGGGGAGAUAUUCUUUCAAGAUCUUUCUGCCCUUGCUUGCACAUCCUGCUCACCAGAUCACUUUGGCAUUCUAUAUGAAAAUGCUUUUCAGUCAGCUCCUUACCUUACCAACAUCUAUGUAGCCAAGCAACAAAGUGCUUUUAUUUGGGCAAGAUUGAAUGUAUUCCCCUAACAGGAUCUGCAAGGAAGAUAGGAUAGGAUCCUCCUGUCUUUGAGGGUUUGUCCAUGUAAUGGUCAAGAAGUGGGAUCAGUGGAGCGUGUUUUACUGCAUUGUAGCUUCUACACUAGAGCCUGCUGGCAACUGAUUACUCCUAUAUUGUCAGCUUUACCAGGUAGAUCUCAAUUCUAUACUAAAUAUCAAUCAAUGGAUAAAGUUUCUAGGGUGACUUUAGCUGCUUCUAAAUUUCUCUCAGUUGCUAUAAGAACGAGGAAGCAACUUGGGAAUUAAUGAAGAUGGUAAGACUGUUUUGUGGGGUGGGGGUUAU